AUGACCACCGGUAGGAAUAACCGAGCGAUGAUGGAAGGAGUAGGAGCCAGAGUGGUCCGCGGACCUGACUGGAAGUGGGGGAAGCAGGACGGUGGAGAGGGACAUGUUGGAACCGUGAGGAGUUUUGAAAGCCCCGAGGAGGUGGUUGUCGUUUGGGACAAUGGGACAGCUGCUAACUACCGUUGUUCUGGUGCUUACGACGUGAGGAUAUUGGACAGUGCGCCAACAGGUAUCAAGCAUGAUGGAACCAUGUGUGACACCUGCCGUCAACAGCCCAUCAUUGGCAUUCGCUGGAAAUGUGCAGAGUGCACCAAUUACGAUCUCUGUACAACCUGUUACCAUGGAGACAAGCAUCACCUGAGACACCGGUUCUACAGGAUCACCACCCCAGGCAGUGAGAGAGUACUUUUGGAAUCACGCCGCAAGUCAAAGAAAAUCACAGCCCGAGGGAUUUUCGCUGGUGGCCGUGUCGUGAGAGGAGUGGACUGGCAAUGGGAGGACCAGGAUGGAGGCAAUGGGAGGAGAGGAAAGGUGACAGAAAUCCAAGAUUGGAGCGCAGCGAGUCCUCACAGCGCCGCCUACGUACUUUGGGACAACGGAGCCAAGAAUCUGUACAGAGUUGGCUUUGAGGGAAUGUCGGACCUAAAAUGUGUUCAAGAUGCCAAGGGUGGUUCGUUUUACAGAGACCACUGUCCAGUUUUAGGUGAGCAGAAUGGUAACAGAAAUCCUGGAGGUCUUCAGAUUGGAGACCUGGUCAACAUUGAUCUGGAUUUAGAAAUUGUUCAGUCCCUUCAGCAUGGCCAUGGGGGCUGGACAGACGGCAUGUUUGAGACGCUCACUACCACAGGCACAGUGUGUGGAAUCGAUGAGGAUCACGACAUUGUGGUUCAGUACCCCAGCGGGAACAGGUGGACAUUUAACCCAGCAGUGCUGACUAAGGCCAAUGUGGUGCGCAGCGGGGAGGUUGCAGCUGGUGCAGAGGGGGGAAGUUCCCAGUUCCACGUGGGAGACCUGGUCCAGAUCUGCUACGACAUUGACCGCAUCAAGCUGUUACAAAGAGGCCAUGGAGAGUGGGCCGAGGCUAUGCUGCCUACCCUGGGCAAGGUAGGCCGUGUGCAGCAGAUUUACUCCGACAGUGACCUGAAGGUCGAGGUUUGUGGGACUUCUUGGACGUACAAUCCUGCCGCUGUCACAAAGAUCGCCCCCUCUGGCUCUGCUGUCAGUAAUGCCUCUGGAGAGCGUCUGUCUCAGUUGUUGAAGAAAUUGUUCGAGACACAAGAGUCUGGGGACAUCAACGAGGAGCUGGUCAAGGCUGCGGCCAAUGGAGACCUGACAAAAGUGGAGGACAUUCUUAAGAGACCUGAGGUGGAUGUGAAUGGACAGUGUGCUGGACAUACUGCUAUGCAGGCAGCCAGUCAAAACGGUCAUGUAGAUGUCCUAAAGCUUCUCCUUAAACACAAUGUGGAUUUAGAGGCUGAGGACAAAGAUGGAGACCGGGCGGUGCAUCAUGCAGCUUUCGGUGAUGAGGGCUCUGUCAUUGAGGUGCUGCAGAGGGGUGGUGCUGACUUGAAUGCCAGAAACAAGCGGAGGCAGACUCCAUUACACAUAGCUGUCAACAAGGGUCAUUUACAGGUGGUUAAAACCCUGUUGGACUUUGGCUGCCACCCCAGUCUUCAGGACUCGGAGGGUGACACACCUCUGCAUGAUGCCAUUAGCAAGAAGAGAGAUGACAUGCUGUCAGUGCUGCUUGAGGCCGGUGCAGACGUCACCAUCACCAACAAUAAUGGCUUUAAUGCUUUGCAUCAUGCUGCCCUGCGUGGAAACCCGAGCGCUAUGCGAGUGCUGCUGUCCAAGCUGCCGAGGCCCUGGAUUGUAGACGAGAAGAAGGAUGACGGUUACACUGCGCUACACCUGGCUGCCCUCAACAACCACGUGGAAGUAGCUGAACUUCUGGUGCACCAGGGCAACGCCAGCUUAGACAUUCAGAAUGUCAACCAGCAGACGGCAUUACACCUCGCAGUGGAACGCCAGCACACUCAGAUAGUUCGGCUGCUGGUUCGGGCAGAGGCCAAGCUGGACGUGCAGGACAAGGAUGGGGACACACCACUUCAUGAGGCACUGCGUCACCACACUCUGUCCCAAUUGCGACAACUCCAGGAUAUGCAGGACGUCAGCAAAGUGGAACCUUGGGAACCCUCCAAGAACACGUUAAUCAUGGGCUUGGGCACCCAAGGGGCCGAGAAAAAGAGUGCAGCAUCCAUAGCCUGCUUCCUGGCAGCUAACGGAGCAGAUCUGACCGUUCGGAACAAAAAGGGCCAGUCCCCUCUAGACCUGUGUCCUGACCCAAGCCUCUGCAAGGCUUUGGCUAAAUGUCACAAAGAGAAGAGCAGUGGCCAGGUGGGUACCCGCAGCCCAUCUUUGAACAGCAACAUUGAGUCUCUGGAGGAGUGUAUGGUGUGCUCCGACAUGAAGAGAGACACUCUGUUUGGGCCCUGUGGACACAUCGCCACCUGCUCUCUGUGCUCGCCACGGGUCAAAAAGUGUCUCAUCUGUAAGGAUCAGGUCCAGUCGAGAACCAAGAUUGAGGAGUGCGUAGUCUGCUCUGACAAAAAGGCAGCGGUGUUAUUCCAGCCCUGUGGUCACAUGUGCGCUUGUGAGAACUGUGCCAGCCUCAUGAAGAAGUGCGUACAGUGCCGGGCUGUGGUGGAACGCCGCACCCCCUUUGUUCUCUGCUGUGGAGGGAAAGGUAUGGAGGAUGAUGCCGCUGAUGAUGAUGAUGAUGAUGAUGAUGAUGAUGAUGAUGACCUUACAGGGAGCUCUAACUCUAUGGCAGGGGGAUCGCAGGAUCUUCUCCAGCCCAACAAUCUGGCACUAAGUUGGUCUAGUGGAAACAUCCCGGCCCUGCAGAGGGACAAGGACAACACCAAUGUCAAUGCAGAUGUGCAGAAGUUACAACAGCAGCUUCAAGACAUCAAGGAACAGACCAUGUGUCCGGUUUGCCUGGACCGGCUGAAGAACAUGAUCUUCAUGUGCGGCCACGGAACCUGCCAGCUGUGCGGGGACCGAAUGAGCGAGUGCCCCAUCUGCCGCAAGGCCAUCGAGCGCCGCAUCCUGCUUUACUAG